UUUUUUUUUUUUUUUCACUAUUUUCAUGUCAUUACAGCUAUAUUUACUUAAUGUAUUUUUUUCAAUGAUCCGUCAACAGCAGACACUAUGAAGUUUCUUAUUUCGUCUUCAAUAUAGACCACCUUGCAGAAACAGUAACUUUUUUUUUUCCAUUUUUUAAUUUUUUUAUCGUCAUAUUUUCCAUGAAAGUUUGAAGAUUUCGUUAGCAGUUGCGAACAAAGUAUCAUUUGGAGGCUUGUUGUUUCAAUUUGUAAUCCUUGUUUUGUGGCCACUUUUUUUAAUUUUUCCUUGAUUUGAGUUUUGGUAUAAGAGUCUGAAAGCUUUUUUUUUUUUUUUUUUUUUUUUAUUUAACCUCUUGCUUACCAAACCUUCAUAUAAAGUUUGACUGGCUGGUGGGUCUAUGAGUUUGGUCGAGUGCAGUUAAGCAUUAAAAGGCUUCAAUUAUUUUCGUUAUUGCUGCUUUGAUGUCGCCCCACCUUGUCUUACCUGGCUUCUCGGCCUUAAUCUUGGUCAAUUACUGAUACUGGGUAUAUGGUGUUUUGACGUUUUUAAACUAUUGGGUCUGGUGGGUUUUUUAGUUGUUGACUCUCUGUGUGCUUGUGGGAUCUUCUUCUCCAAAUUUGAGGUUUUUGGGUCGGUAGUAAGUGUUUUUGUAGGACUUUGGAGUGUUUUCACUCGUUGUGCUGAGCAACAAUUUUUCUGUUCCAAUUAUGAGAAUUGCUGAUAUUUGAAGAGUCUUGGAGUUGUAGUCUGGCUGUUUUCUGAAUCUGAAAAUCUGUGAUGAAAUGGCUAGUAAUGGGGAUACUCAUCCACUGGAAAAAGAUGAAGGUAUAAGCGGCAAAGAAGUAAAUGAGGAUUUGGGAGAGGCCAGUGGUGUUGAUGAAUCAAUCUUGAUCGAUAAAAAUAAAUCUGCACCAGAACAAGAGGCAGAGAAUCAAAAGGAACGGACCACAUUAAUUUUUCAGUCAAAAGAGUUGAAUGUCGGUUCUUCACCUCUGAAAGUCUUGGAUCACUGCGUCACUGCACCUGUUGGCACUCAUAGGGGUCUGCUAAUUGAUGAUUAUGGGAUUACAUUCUCUCGAUCCAUGACGGAGAAGAAGGAGAUUCCUAGGCGUGACCUCAAACUUGAUAGACUAUCAGAACGUGAGAAGCGAAAACUAAUUGAGAAUCUAGUCAAGAUACAUUAUGAUGGAAGGGUAGAAGUUAAUUUAGUCGACACUACACCUGUUGCUUCAGAUUUGUUAGAGCUUCAAAAUUUCCCUCCCUUUCUUGAUGAUAAAACUUCUGAAAUCAAUAAAUCAAUUCCAAAGUUGAAAAUUGCUAUCCUUGUGGUUGGAACAAGAGGAGAUGUGCAGCCUUUUCUGGCUAUGGCAAAGAGACUUCAGGAGUUUGGUCAUCGUGUGAGGUUGGCAACUCAUACUAACUUCAGCUCUUUUGUAAAGUCAGCGGGUGUAGAAUUCUAUCCCUUGGGUGGUGAUCCUCGGGUUUUGGCAGGAUAUAUGGCUAGAAAUAAAGGUCUCAUUCCAUCUGGAACAAAAGAGAUAUCUAUACAGAGAAAGGAACUGAAGGCAAUUGUUGAAUCUCUUCUUCCAGCAUGCACAGAACCAGAUAUAGAAACUGGUAUCCCUUUUAGGGCGCAGGCAAUUAUUGCAAACCCUCCUGCUUAUGGACAUGCUCAUGUUGCUGAAGCUCUUUGUGUACCCCUUCACAUCUUCUUCACAAUGCCAUGGACGCCAACGUCAGAAUUUCCUCACCCAUUAGCACGUGUACCUUCAAGUGCUGGCUACUGGCUUUCCUAUGUCGUUGUGGAUUUACUUGUAUGGUGGGGGAUUAGGGGGAUAAUCAAUGACUUCAGAAAGAGAAAAUUGAAGCUUUCUCCUAUUGCAUACUUCAGUACAUACCAUGGAUCAAUAUCUCAUUUGCCAACAGGCUAUAUGUGGAGUCCCCAUGUUGUGCCAAAGCCAAAUGAUUGGGGGCCUUUAGUUGACGUUGUUGGAUAUUGCUUCCUAAACCUGGGAUCGAAGUAUCAACCUCAAGAGGAAUUUGUUCAAUGGAUUCAGAAAGGGCCCAAACCUAUAUAUAUUGGGUUUGGAAGCAUGCCUCUUGAAGAUCCAAAGAAAACUACGGACAUUAUAUUGGAGGCAUUGAAGGACACAGGUCAAAGAGGAAUACUUGACCGUGGUUGGGGAGACCUAGGAAAUUUAAUAGACGUUUCUGACAACAUUUUCCUUUUGGAGGAUUGCCCUCAUGAUUGGCUGUUCCCUCAAUGUUCAGCAGUGGUUCAUCAUGGUGGUGCAGGAACUACAGCUACAGGACUAAGAGCAGGGUGUCCAACAACUAUAGUGCCAUUCUUUGGAGAUCAGUUCUUCUGGGGUGACAGAAUACAUCAAAAAGGUCUGGGACCUGCACCAAUACCUAUAGCUCAGCUCAGCAUCGAUAACCUAUCAAAUGCUAUAAAAUUUAUGCUCCAGCCCGAGGUUAAGUCUCAAGCUGUAGAAAUAUCAAAGUUGAUAGAGAACGAAGAUGGUGUUAUAGCUGCAGUCGAUGCAUUUCACCGUCAUUUACCUCCUGAGCUACCAUUGCCAACCACAUCUUCGGAGGAAGAUGACCAGCCAAACCCUUUGCAGUGGUUCUUUCAACAAAUAGGAAAGUGGUGCUGCCUGCCUUGUUCAUAGGAUUUUUGCUGCAACACUUACUGUUGUAUAGCAUGUGUUCAUUAAAUUUUUCCGUCUUCUUUUUCCAUCAUAUUCAUAUUGUUUUUGGCUUAGUAUUUCAUUCAUUUGAUUCAUAGUGUCACCUGUCUGAGUUUAGCCGAUAUUUUUUAACAGAAUAAUAAAGAUCUCGUAAAGUUAAAGUUACAUUUACAGUUAAAGAUACAGAUCUUUUUACCAACUGGGAAAUAAUUGUAGUACGUUAACCUUGUUUCAAAUCAAUUUGUGGAUCGUCUAUUUUGUUGGUGUA